AAAAUUACAUACAUUAAUAAUUGAACAUUCAUAAAGUUGGAUACGAAUUUAUUGUAAUUUGUUAAACAUAUUAAGUUAUAUAAUUUAAAAUUAUUAAGAUAAUCUUUUGAAAUAAAAAAGUGAAAUAUGAGAAUGGAAACUGAUGAAUUGUCUUUAGAAGAAAAAUGUGAACAUCUAAUGAAUGUGGUUGUGGAGUCCCGUAAGAGGUUCGGUAAAAUGUGCAUAGAUUAUGAACAAAAAGUGUCUCUUGUAGAAAACAAAAUACUUAAUUUGCAGAUAGAAACAAUAUCAAAUUAUCGGUUCAAGUCUAAAAGUGCUACAACUAAUAUAAAUAUAGAGGAAAUGUUGAAAGAAGUUGACGAGUUUAAAGAUGAAAUUAUAACUAGUCAAAAAAAGGUUGAUAAUUUGAGACAGAAUGUAAAGAACACGCAGAAUGUUGUGCAUCAGCUGAAAGUUGAUAGUGUUGGAAGAAAGUUGAGGAAACCUUUAACAGUGCAAGCUAUGUUAGCAGAUGCUAAGAGUAAAAUAAAAAAUUAAAUUGUUGUUU